CAUUAAUUGUUUUCAUUAAAGGAGAGUGCACUGAGACGUGUCUGAGAAUAACUAAAAUAAGCUUUGUGAUAAUCAACUGCUUACACUUAAAUAAAUUAAGUUGGAUUAGAUCUUGCAAUCAUAGAGUAGUUUCUGCUAUAAUCCUCCAAAUUUCACUGAAACUAUAGAUUGAGAUUCUAAUCAUGUUCAAAAAUUUAAAAAAGAAGUUAGAGCAAGGAGUAGCUCAAUCGAAAGCUGCAGUAUCCGGAUUAGCGGCUGCAGCAAAAGGAGAUGAAAAGAAUGCUUCAACAGAAUCUAUUGGUAGACCUGUUGCUGAAAGCACUCCACAAAAGAAUGGAAACCAAGCAGAAAAACUUCCUAAUGACUCAGGCUCUAAUGUAGCAAUAGGUCAACUUGUUGAUAUUCCAUUGUUUGAUUCCACUAGUUACGAGACAGCUUCAGACAUGAGCUCAUUACGAGGUGAUGAAACUCCUAAGGGUGGAAGGUCACGUACAUCCUCUAUCAGCUCUAUGACAAGUGACAGUUCUUUUUUUCCCAGCGUCAGUUUCUCUCAUAGCUAUUACAUGCCUUCAGAUGUAGAAAGUGAAAUGGAGGAGACUUCUGUUAAUUUAUCUUCAGUAUCUAAAGAAGAUCUUUAUGCAUUUGUUAAACGCUUUGAGAGGAGAGCUUUCAAAUACAAAUCUAAAUUUAUGGAGCUGGCAGUGGCCUAUAAAGAUAUGAUACAGGAAAGAGAAAAAUUGAAGUCAACAAUGGCACAGUGUCAAGACAGAGCAUUCCGCAGAAUGUCUGAGCUAAGAGAACAGAUUCAGCUAGAUCAGCUAGCAAAAAGAGAUCUUGAGGAUAAUUAUAGACUAUUGCUGGAGGAAAAAGAUGAAUAUGUAAAAGUACUUAAUAUGCAACUUAAACUUCUUAAAGAAGGUAAAGAUAUUCCAGAAGAACUCCAAACCAAGCUAGUCAUCACACAAGCUAAAGCAGAGGCACCUCCUCCAUCUUCUGGCGGAGAACCUAAGGCUAAAAUUUCUCAGAAUGAAGAGAUAGAGUUAUUAAAAUCAAAGAUAAAACGACAAGAUGGACUACUUCAGAAAUGUAAGGAAACCAUCACAACAUAUAAAGAAAAAGUUACUCAGCUAUCACACGACAAGCAAGACUUAUUAGGCAAACUUGAAUUAAGUUCUAAGAGUGGAAGUCAAACCAAUUUGCACCAGUCACCAGAGCAGUUGGCUAAACUACAAAACCAGAUUCAAGAAGCUAAGAAAGUCAUUGAGCAGCUGGAGUCAGAUCGAGAAGUUGCAAUAGCCUCUGUGAAGCAACAGGUUCAUGAAGAGAUGGAAAAGCAUGAUGCUGAACUGGAGAAUGUCAAGACACAAAAUCAUAAACUUCUAGUUGAAAAUAAUAACAUCAAAGUUGAAAUGGAGAAACUGGAAAAUGAAGUUGAUAGUUUAAAGAAAACUAAUAAGGAACAGCUUGACAAGGCAAGGGAGAUCAUGAAGAAACUCAAAGAGGAUAAAUUGCAUGCUAUAGAGCAGGCUGAGGAAAGGUUACGUCUUGCAGAGCAAAAUAUGGAAGAAGAAAAAGAAAAAAUGCUUAGUGAUCUCAAGCGAGGAAAAGCUGAAGCCUUCAGUGUUAUGCAGCAAGAAUCAGAGAAGGCACUUCAAGAGAAGCUGUCAGCUGCUUUGGAAGAAAGAGAUCAAAUGUGGAAUGAAAAAGUGACAGCUCUAGAAAAGGCUCAUAAUGAAAUCUUGUUGUCUAAAGAGCGAGAGAAGGAAAUUGCUUUAAACACAAUGCAAGCAGAAGUCAGACAAAAACUAGUAGAGAAAGAGGAGGAGGUGAAAUUGGCUGUGGAAGAAAGAGAGCUUCAGAAAAUGGCUGCUGUGUCUGGUCUGGAUGAGCAGAAAGAUGAACUGUUAAGGCGAAUUGAAGAGCUGGUCUCUGAGAAGAUAGAAUUGAAUAACAAGCUAAGUAAAUUUCAAGAAGACACAGAGCAACAAAUUUUACAGCUGCAGUCGAUGCUGAAGAAAGAGAUGGAAGAUAAUGAGAAAAAAAUUGAGACUUUAAAUUUGCAACACCAGGUAGCUCUUGAGGAAGAAAGAGUUAAACUGAAUCAGUCCUUCAAAGAAGAUUUGGAAGCUGCAAGUCUGGAUCAUGCUAAUGAAAUGCAGACUCUCAAAGACAGACUAGAACAAAAUGUUCAGGAGUUCAACAAAGAAACAGAGACAUUGUACAAUUCUCAAGUGGAAUCAUUGAAAUCUGAAAAGGAUCAAGAACUGUCUAGGAUUAAGACACAAUUAGAAGAAACAUCUCAACUGUUGGAAGAACUGAAGACAAUGUACAGUGAGACAAAAACAAAACUUACAGAAACAGAGCAACGUUUGGAAAGUGUUCAGUCUGAACUUAGUUCCAAUGCUCAGGAAAACAAAUCUCAAGUUGAGGAAUUGUAUGCUGCAAUCAAUGGGAGAGGAGAAGAAAAUGACAGACUCCGGCAGCAGCUGGAAGAUGCACAGUCAGAGUUGAAGCUCAAACAACAAGAACAUGACCAAAUGGUGCUGCAAGUUCAAGAAGAAAACAAUCAUUUCAAAAAACAGGUGGAAGCUUUCCAAGGAGAGUCAGAGAUGACGGCCAAGCUAGAUGCUGAGAAAGAAGAGUUAACUCAACAACUGAACACAUACAAAACUAAGGAAGCUGAAUUGUCCAAUCAAAUUCUAAAUCUUGAAGAGAGGGUAACCAAUUUAUCCAGCCAGGGGGAGAUUUUAUGCCAGGAGUUAUCUGCAGUAAGGGAAGAGCUGACCUCCACACAAGUUCAGCUCUCUCUGUGCCACACAGAUAAGGUCAAGCUGUUAGAGGACUAUCAGAUGAAGGUCUCUGAGCUGGAAAAGACAAAUGCAAACUCUAUUGUUUUGAGGGAGUAUGAAGAGAAGAUCAAGUUUUUAGAGGGAGAACAUGAAACUUUGGUCAAGUCUGCAGACAGCAGAGAAGAAAAGAUACAAGAACUGGAAAAGCUUUAUGAUGAGCUCUUAAAGAAUGCAUCUUCUGAAAGGGAAAGUCUGGAAUCCAAAUAUAUAGCCUCAGAAAAUCAAGUAUGUCAGUUGCAGGAUGUCAUUCGAAGCCUGGAGACUUGUCAGAAUGUUGUUGAGACUGAAAAGUGCAGACUUGAAGAAAAGUUAACCAGCCUGGAGAAUAUUGUAGAAGAUUUGAAAAGAUCUAAGGAAGAGCUGAAUGAGAAAUUAUAUGAAAGUCACCAAACUUUAAUGGAGAAGGCAGAAGCUGAAAAGCAGAACCUUGAGAUCACUGCCAGUGAGCUAGCAGCUCAGAUUACCUCUAUGAAAAAUGAGAUUGAAGAACUCAACAAGGUUCUGGUGUCCAAAAGUGAUGAGAUUGUUGCCCUGCGUUCUGUCAUUGAUGACAAUAUGAGUUACAGUAAAUCAUUGGAAGAAAAGACAGAAGAACUGACUAAUGAGCUUCAGAAGAAGACCAGCUCUGAGGGAAACCUAAUGAAGACAUUGGAAAAACUCAAAGCUGAAGCUAAUGCCAAAGUCAAAGGCCUUAAGGAAAUGAAAGACUCUCUGACAGAGCAAUUGCAGUUGAAGGUUAAGGAGCUUGAAGAGUUCACAUCUGCUAGUAGAGAAGAUAAACUGCAACUUGAAAGAAGUUAUGAAGAGAAAAUGAGUUCAUUGAGAAGUGAAAUGAAAUCUCUGGAGGAUUCUUUCAAGGUACAGUUUGAACAAAAGCAGUCCAAGUAUAAGGAAACAUUGAAUAAACUAAAGGAACGUUAUGAGGGAAAAUUAAGAGAUAAAGAUAGUCAGUUUGAAGAACAGAUGAGGAAUUUGACAUCUCAGAAAGAUCUUGGCAUGGAAGACAUGCAUAAAUCAUUUGAAAAGUUAAAAGAAGAACAGAUUGCAAACCUUCAACAAAAUCAGGAGUUAGCCUUGUCAGAAAUGAAAUCUGAAUUGGAUUCCAGGUAUCAAGCCCUUGUUGAAACACACAGUCAACAGAUCAAAGUUAUUUCUGAUGAACACCAAAAUGUUGUCAGUCAACUGCAGUUAAAAUUAGAUGAAUAUGAAAAUCAAUCCAAAGAGCUGCUAGUACAAUUAGAUUCGUCUCAUUCACAGCUUCGUGAUGUUCAAUCCCAACUUGAAGACCUGCAAGAAAAAUAUGCCACAGAGAUAAAUGUCUCUACUCUAUGUAAAAAUGAGUUAGAGCUAUUGAAUAAAAAUAUCUGUGAUAAACAGUUAGAAAUUGAAAAAUUACAUAAUAAUCUUCAGUUUGAAGCUGCUGCAAAGGAAACUCAAAUAUUGCUUCUGUCAGAAGAACUUCAGAAAAAGGCUGCUAAAUUAGAUUCCAUGGCAGGCACAAUUUCAGCUGAACAUGAAUAUCUUCAGAAGCAGCUUAAUCUGAAAACUGAAGAGCUAGAGGAAUGCAGUGUUCAAAAUGCAAAUCUAAAGAAGCAGCUGGAAGAGCUCCAAGAUAAACAUAGGUUAGAAUUUGAAGAGAAAGAUAUGCUGAUCAUUGAAACCAAUCAAAAGUUGUCUCAGCUUCAGAUAGAAAAUUCUUCCAUAGAAGAAAUGUUAAAAGCUAUUAAUGAUAAAUUGCAAGAAAAAGAGGAGGCUUUAAGAAAUUUAGAUCAGUCAUUAGCAGCCACGUGUAGUGAGAAAGAUUCUCAAAUUAACAAUCUCAAUUCACAAAUUCAACAGUUACAUGAAGAUCUUGGCACAAUAAACAGUCAAUUAUCCCAGAAAGAACAAGACUUGUCUAAUAUAAAAGAGCUGAGUUCAUUAGAAAUACAAGAGUUGAAGAAAUGUUAUGAAGAGCAGCUUUCUAGUUUCACGUCCAAAGAAUUAGAAUGGCAACAAAAAAAUGAUGUGAUAUCUGAAAAACUUCAAGAUAUUCAAAGUCACAGUCAGGCAAAGCUGUUGGAAAUGGAAAAUCAAGAAACUUCCCUAAAAGAGCAAGUAAAUUUUCUGAAGCAACAGCUGCAUGAAUCACAAAAGCAAGCAGAACUUUCCUCCAAUGAGCUUCAAUCAAACCUCCAGCAAAAAGUAGCUGAGAGUGAGGAGAAACUCUUUGCUCAGCUGCAAGCCCACCAGCAAGAGCUCCAGACUGUCAGACAUGAGGCAGAGCUGUCAAAGAAAGACUUAAAGCAGAAAUAUGUGGUGAAGUUAAAGGAGAUUCAGGGGCAGGCUAAGUCAACCAUUGAGGAUCUGGAAACCAACUUGAGGCUAGAGAAGGCAGCUAAAGAUGAAAUCCAUUCUGAAUUGACAAGAGCAAACACAAGGCUGCUACAACUGGAGGAAAAUUCUGGUUUGUCUCAUGAUACCAUUGUUGAUCUGGAACAUAAAGUCAAAGAACUGAAUGAAACCUUGACACUUAAAGACAGUGAGCUGACCAAGUUGGCAACAGAUAGAAAAGAAACUGAAACAUCUUUGCAAACAGCUCUUAAUGAAGCACAAAGCAAUUAUCAGUUGACGAAGGAAUCUUUGAUUCAGGCAGAGGACACAUUAAAAGAUAAAGAAAAUGAACUUCAGAGGAUUAUUGAUCAAAAUACAGAGCAAAAUAAUUUAUUAGAAAACAAUAAAAAUAUCAUUGCAAAUUUAGAAACAACAGUAGGAGAGUUGGAAAAGGAAAAAAUUAUAACAAGAAACAAGUUUGAAUUAGAAUUGCAGGAAAAAACUGAGAUUGUGUCCAACCUUCAAUCAGAAAUAAAAGAUACAAGUGAUAAAUACAGACAGCUGGAGGUACAACUAGAAGAAAAAACAAAGCAUAUUGCAGACUUGGGCAUAGAAAUGAGCAAUCAACGUGAAAAAUGUGUUCAACUUGAAUCUUUACUUGACAAAACCAAUAGUUUACUACAUCAAGCACAAAAUACUUGUGUAGAGUUAGAAAAUAAAGUUCAGUCUGCUAAUCAUGAGCACUCAGAGACAGAACAUUUAAAAUCAGAGCAGCAGCAACUCCUAUUGAAAGUGUCUAAUUUGGAAGAAGAGAAAAACAAAGUACUACUAAAAGUGCAUGAGGUCCAGUCACAGUGUGAAAAAUAUAAAGCUGAAAUUGAGUCCAUUAGGGUGGAAUUGCAGCAAGCAAACUCCAGAAAAGAUGAUUGGGAGUUAAAGUUUAAUGACUUGCAGUCUUCACAUUCCAAAGAACUGUCAGAGAUAACAUCAAAGAUGGAAUCUCAAAGCAGUAACAAGGUAGCCGAAUACAAGAAGAAGGCAGAAGCCUACAUAUCUCAGGUUAAAAAGCAGCUUCAGGAUGAGAAGAAUGCAUCAGUGAGUCAGCUCCAAGACAUCAUCUCCAAACUAGAAAGUGAUUUAACUGCUUCCAAGUCAGAGAUCUCAGCACUUCAGUCAGCCAGUGAGAAAAUGGUGGGCAUUCACAACAAAGAAUUGCACGAAAUCAAAACACAGCUUGAAGAAAUGACAAGAUCUAAAGAAAAAUUGAUGGAAGACUUGGAUAAAAAAGAAGAAAACUAUAGUGACCAAGAGACAGUGCUCAGGGAGAAACUUAAGAAGGUGGAGACUGAAAAGUAUGACCUUCUUGCUAGAAUCAACAGCCUUGAAGAAGCUCAUAAAGAAGUGGAGCUACUGAAAUCCAAAGAGUUUACUGAAUUACAAACUGAGUUCAGUCAGCUAGAGAAUCAGAUUGAGUCUAUGAGAUUAGAGAAAGAGAAGGACAGAGCUGCCUUAGAAAGACUCAUGUCUGAAAAACUGGAAGAGGCAGAGAAGAAACACUUGGCAGCAUUAGAAGAGCAAGCUGGGGAACACUCUUCCAAACUAAAGCAGUUGUUGAGGGAGUGUAAUCAGCAGUUGACAGAGAAAGAACGAGAAUUUGAAGCAACAAUCCACGAGGCUCUUGAAAAAAGUGAAAGAGGUGAACAAGGUUUACUUAAAGAGCAUCAAGCAGACCUUGAAGAGUUGCGUAAAGAACUCUUAGAAAGAGAUGAACGUCUUCAAGAGUUGCAUGUGGAAUACAAGUCUAAACUUGAGUCUUUGAAUACUGAAAGAUCACAAAGAAUAAAAGAGCUAGAGACAGAAAUAAUGUUACUGAAACAAGGUAAUGAAAGAAACUUGACAGAAUUAGAAAUGAAGCUGAAAACAGAAAACCAAAGAAACCUUCAGACAAGGGAGAAUGUCUACCAAGAGGAGGUAAUUGCUCUUACUAAAGAGUGGAAUAUGGAAAGAAAGGAACUUAUUCAACAGAAUCAAGCUGCAUUAACUGCAUUCCAAAAAGGUAUGUCUGGCAAUGCAACAUCCUUACAAGAACAAGUUAUCUCCCUUACCAAACAGUUGGAGCAACUCAAACAAAACCACAAGUUAGAGCUAGCUGAAGCCUACAGUGGGAUUGAAAUGGGUCAAGGCUCAUUGCCCAAGCCUUUAGUAGCAGCUCCAACUGAACUUGGUGCUGGGGCUUCACAUCAGGAAAUGUCUUUAGAAUUACAAGAACUAGAAUUACAAAAUAUGGAUCUACAGGCUCAAGUUUAUCAUUUAAAUGGAGAAUUAAGCCAAUACAAAAUCAAGGAAAGAGAUUUAAUUAAGAAGGUAGAGAAAAUGGAACGAGUAGCUAAAGGUCUUCCUGAUGAUGAUGACCCACCAUUAAGUCUUGAUGGAUCCUACUCAAACCAUGAUGACUCUGCUUUGUUUAGGGAGCCAACAGAGUUUGAGUACUUAAAAAACAUUCUUUAUGAAUAUAUGAUGGGCAAAGAAACUAAGACAUUAACGAAAGUAAUUGCGACUGUGGUCAGAUUUUCUGAGGAACAGACUAGAAAUGUUUUAUCAAAAACAGAAAGUAAAUUAAUUUGAUUCCUGUCUACCACAUCACUUGAGAUGGCUCCCCACCUCAUGAUGCAUGGAUUUUGUUCUGCAUCCAGUUAGAAACAUUCCUUCAGUGAACCCAACAAACCUACAUGACAGUUUGAGAAGCAUUGAGCAUUUCAAGAAACUUCAAAUUACAGGAUUUUAAUGCUUUUAAUUUAAAAUAAUUUGUGAUUAUUAAAUUAUUUAUUACUUAUACAAAUUUUUUUUAUUUGCUUUUUUUGUUUUGUUUUCUUAUAGUAUACAGCACCAACUUCUGAUUUGCAUAGCAUAACCUUAGUAAUUAAAAAUGGUUUCCACUUUUGGGUUACACUGACUAGAAUUUGAAAAGUUCACUAAACAGGAAAUUCCUGCUCCAAAAAGGCUAAUAAGACAUUUUUUCUAUAAUACUUUUCUUUUUGUUCUUCUUUAAAAAAACUUUUUUUUUUUAAAUCAUCAGAAAGUAUAUUUUUUUUACUAGCUAAUCAAUACCUAUUUUAAUUGUAAAUAUUAGUUCAGUACAAGGUAUCUUUUACAUUUUAGUUUCUUUGAUAGCAUUUUUUUAGUUGUACAAUUAACUUACAAGAACAUCUACGGUUUGUGCUUUAGAUGUGACAUGAAAAUAUUUAUGCUGGCAGUAAAAUAAUAUAGCUUUAUAUUUUAUUUACACUAAACAAAUUUGGUAUUUCAAACUUUAUACCUUGCCAUUUCAUAAUUAUCAUAUUGUGAUAUUUUUGUAUAGUUUGAUAAAUUUCUGUACAAAGUUUCAUUUAUAAAUAAAGUCAUUUUGUGAUAAAAAUAUUUUGUAACAUUAUUUCAAUAAAGACAUCAAUUACUGUUCAUAGAAAGUGUAUUGUGUAUCUAUUGCAUCAGUCUCACAUCUAGAAGAUACUGUGUUAGUCACUUUAUUUAAAAAAGAUACUGUGUUAGUCACUUUAUUUUAAUAAUACCGUGGUCUUUUCAAAUAAUUACUAUGUUAAUUUCUUCGUAUAGGUUAUUCUUGGCCUAUAUAUUUAGAGACUUUUCAGUAACUUCCUAUUGAAAAUAUGUUGGGAGUGUUUGUUUUUUUAACGUUUUACUUUGUUGGACUUUGUGUGCUUUUGUUUAGUUUUAUGUUGGCUUCUUUUUUUUUUUUUUUUUUAAUAUUUCAAGUGUUCCAAUGAUUGACUGAUAACUAUCUGUGCUAGUAUAUUUGAAAUGGAUUAUUUUAUUUGAAAAGUUAUCUCUAGAAGCAAGUGGACAUCCCUACUCAACUUCCAGUGCUCUGAAAGCAAGAGACAAGCAGAUAGAGCUUAAUCUUUUCUUCCAAAAGUCUCAACCUGAAACAGCGUAAAAAGUCAUAGUGCAUUACAUUACAUGAAUACUACAUCAAAUCAGAAUACUACAUCAAAUCAGAACUUGAAAACUCCAUGAAUCAUGAUUAUUACAUUGAAUGCAGAAUUUGAAAACUUGGAUAAUUUUUCUGAAUUCUUACCAGUGCUAGUAUGGUGCUGUUAAUGUAAAUGAGAUGAUUGUAUAUAUGCAUAUUUUGCUGUUAUUUUGAUAGUCCUAAGUUCAAACCCUGCCUACUGUCACCCCCUCUAUCCUGAUGGAGGUUCUGCUUAGAAUUUAAUAAUGUUAACUUCAUUUUACUGUUACAACUGUUUAGGAUGAACAUUUACAGAGAGAAAAAAUAACUACCUGACUUGACAUGACCUCAGGCCACUGCAUUUUUGUUGUUGUUUUGUUUACCAUACCAUUAAAAUGCCAUUUCUUAAUUCAUCCUUGCAUGACUAUUUUUGUGACCAUCAAGGUAUGACUUGAGGACUCAGUGGUCACAAGGAAUUUUUAAUCAUUUAAUUCAGUCCACUGCAAUCAACAUUAUUUAUUUUUCACUUUGGUGCUUUUAUUGAUCGGAAACUUGAAUUCUUUGUUUAUUAUGCAACUAAUAAGGACUGUCAUACCUGUACAUACCUGAGUAUUCUUUAUUUAUAACUAGUUAUAUUCAUAGAGUUUCUUAACCACUUCUUUUGUACAUACUCAUUUCCAGUAUUAAGACGCAUAAUGGUAGAUUAUAUAGAACAGAUGAAAAAGCAUUACAUAAUAUUUAGUGCAAGAAUUUAAUUACUAGCAGAAAUAUGAUUCUUAUAUUUCUGUGAACAGUUCACCCAUUUAAACACCAAAAUAAUCUUUAUAUAACUGCAUUUGUCUAGGACCAAACUGAUUUUGCAUUGCUACAUAUUGUAUACAACUUUGGAUAUCUGUUGUUUUGUUUCCCUCUAGCUUGUGUAUUCUGUUGUAGAGAUAAAGUCAAACCUGCUCACGCAAAAUGUGUACAAAAAAAAAAUAAGUGCCAAUGUUGACAAUUAUGAUUUGUGUUUCAUUCUGCUGAUAUUGUUUUUUUCGUAAAUGUGCGUUUUAAAUGCUUUGGCCCCACUCCCAAUAUAUAUGCAUUGUGAAUCAAAUAAAUGAUGUCUCUAUCCCUACGUUGAAAUAAAAGAAGUGUCUUGAGUUUAUAUUGUCAUUAUGUUACUGUAUUUUUUAACGUCCAAAAAAUUAAGAAAUAUAUUACAAUAAAAUGUACAAAUAUUGAA